AUGUCAUCUUCGUCAAACGAUUCUGAUAACAACUUGGAACAGAUGGAACGAGUUCAGACGUUCCACGGCGACAGUUCUGCGGACAUGAUUCCUCUUGAUAAAUACCCCACAGCACACCUUGACUUUCGGGAAGCAGUUGCAACACCAGUUUUACAAAAGUUUAUAAAAGUUUUGGUGAUUAUCGGGGUUAUUUUCAUGUUUUUGAUUACGGUUAUUAUGUGUUACUCCUACGGUAACUUCCACCACGCAACCUCUCGUAUUCACAGGGUGCGGAUUUUAGCUGUUGAUUUCGAUGAGGGGAUUGUGGGAGCAGCCAUGCUUGCAGGAUAUGAGUCUGCCAAGGGCAAAUCGUUCCCUACUUUUAUUAUCAAGAACAGCACAGACUACACCCCCGAACUUGUUUUCCAUGAAGUAUUCAAAGGCCACUAUUGGGGGGCUAUCUACACCGCACAUAAUGCUUCGGAGAAUCUUUUGGCCGCUCUUUCGAAUUCCUCGUUGGCAGCCACAUACGAUGCAGAUACAGCGAUUUACUAUGUUUGGAACCAGGCCCACUAUACAUCUGUGUCCAACAGCGUUGUUGAGAGCAUGCUGAGUGCCAUGGGAGAUAUUACACGAGAGGUGCUUAUUGCGAUGCAGGGUAGCGACCUUUAUUCCAAGUACUUGUCGGACUCACCAUCUUUGGAGCAGCUGGAGGUGUUUGCUACACCAGUGGGGACAACAGCCCUUAACAUUUUGAAGACUACACAGCUUGGUGCAUUUUUGUACAACACUAUUGGAAUGGUUAUUAUUAUGCUGAUUAUGUUUUUCUUUAUGAUUGCGACCAAUGGUGUGGCAGUUGAGUUUAAGAUUUAUGCGCGUUACUCCAAGUUGGUGAGUUACUGUUCGCGUCUUGGGUUUGCAUUUGUCUUUGCAUUUUUAUACUCGCUGCUUGCUACGGGCACAAUUUGGUGGUUCCGUGAAGGAUGGGGUGUCAAUGGCAAUCAGUUUGUUUUGACCUGGCUUGUUUACUACUUGAUGAUGAUAGUGAACUUUAUCUUUUUCGACAACAUUGCAUGUUUCUUCCCUCCCCUAUUUUUCCCAGUUUUUGUUCUUUGUUGGAUUAUUAUGAAUGUUAUGAGUUGCAUUUUGCCUCAACCAUUGGCUCCUAAGUUUUAUCACUGGACUUAUGCCUUGCCUGCUUUCAAUGGGUACAAUUUGGUUUCGAGCAUUUGGGCUCGUGGAGCAUCGCCGGUUGCAUAUCGGGCGCUUCCAAUUUUAUUUGGAUGGUUGAUUAUUUUGUGGCCGAUCAAUAUAUAUGGACACCAUAAGCGAUGCCGUCUUGCACGGUCUGCUGCGGAUGCUUCGGACCAGCAUACCAAGGAGAUUAUGCGGGAGACGGUAUAA